GCACGUAUUCUAAUGGCGGCUCAGGCGGGCACAGGGGACGUGGGAUCCUUGCAGCAUGAGACGUACGAAGCCAUUCGGAUCUUGGGCCGUGGGGCAUGUAGCACGGCGUUUCUGUGUCGUCACCGUCAACACGGCAGUCUAGCCGUCGUCAAACAGGUGGAGCUGGAGGAUUUGCCGCCCGCAGAGCGGGAGAAGGCCUUGACCGAAGUGGAGCUCCUGGGCAUGGUCCAGCACCCCAACGUCAUUCGCUAUUUUGAUCAUCUUCUUCAGCCCCGAGGACUAUACAUUGCCAUGGAGUAUGCGCCUGGCGGUACGCUGGAUGACUUUAUCGCCCAACAAUCCAAGCCCCUGCCUGAGGCCGUUGUGGUGCGCUUCCUAGCGCAGCUGCUCCUGGCACUGCAAGCACUUCACGAGCGUGGCAUUGUUCAUCGAGACUGCAAGCCGAAUAAUAUCUUUCUGGACGAUCGUCAGCAGAUGCUCAAGUUGGCAGAUUUUGGCAUCAGUCGGUUGGUGCCAGCUGCCACCUUCAAGGCCUCAACACUGGGGACACCCAAUUACAUGGCCCCCGAGCUUCUCGAAGGCCGCAUGUAUACACAGAAGAGCGACGUCUGGGCCUUGGGCUGCAUCGUGGCCGAGAUGUGCAAUCGCAAGCGUGCCUUUGAAGCCCCAAAUGUGAGCGCACUGACGCUGCUCAUUACCAGUGAUAAGCCAGUUGUACUGGAUAAAAGUUACUCUGCGUGGUUGCAGGGCGUGGUGCGGGCCUGCCUGCACUCACAAUCCGAUCAAAGGCCAGCCAUCGCCCAUAUUCUAUCUCAACCCGAGCUCCAGAACGCCCUCGUGGACGUGCAACUCCUUUGAGCACGCCUAGGUGUUCCCGGCAUGCCCCUGUUCUUUGUAUUAGACGAUUCACAAAUAAUCAAACUUGAUAUGUC